AUGGACAACGCAUCAAGCCUGGUAUUACCCACAGCGCCCACAGACUACGGUCCGGCGCUAAGCCGCCCCGACGUUGGCAUGACCAUUAAUUCCAUCCUGAAAAUUAUCUUUUACACCAGCGUGAUGCUCCUAGGCAUAAGCGGCAACAGCCUUAUCCUCAGAGUGUACGGGUCCAAGCCCCAGAAGACCAGCACGCACGUCUUCAUCCUAGGCCUCGCCUGGUUCGACCUGAUGGUCUGCAUUCAUCGAGUUUACAAUUUGGGGUUCUUUGCGGUGAUUCUCCUCGGACGAAAAUUGCCCAGCUUCUUCAAGGCGAUUGAAAUCGCCAGCUUGAUCAACGUAUACGCCUCAGUCAUAGUGACGGGCGCCAUCGCCGUGGAAAGGUACGACUGCGUGUGCCGGCCGAGAAGACGCCUGCUGAAUCCUCGCAGAGCCAAGCUCGUUGUUCUAGGCUCCUGGCUUGCUGCGGCUGCUGUGUGUGUUCCAUUCACCAUCAACAAGAUUUCCUCCUCCCUGACCGCCACCAAAACCUCCCUGACAUUCCAGUUGGUUCUGUUCAUGGCCGUGCUGCUGGUGAUCGCAGUCUGCUACGGGAAGGUUUACCAAACGAUCCGAAAACACUUGAAAAUCAAUGCGUUUCGUUCCCAGGGAUUGCGGACCAACCGGUCGGCGGAUGCAAACACCACAACUCGCAGAGGAAACAACUCCAUCGGCACAAGCAUCAACACUCUGGCAGCGCAGAUUUCGACUGAUACCGAAAGGGUUUCCGGUAGAUUGCAACCAUCCAGCUCGAAUACCACCUUGGCAGUAGCCGUGGUAGCGGGGCCCUCGACAUCGACGACGCCCACUGAUGCUGCUGGGGACCUGCAACCCGUUGGCCGUGACGACGAGCACCAACCGGCGAUACUCCAACCCCAAGCUGCGAGAGACAUCCCGAAUGACAGGACCGUGACACUCCAGCAGAAGACCACCCGGAUGCUGUUCAUUACCAGCGUGGUAUUCCUGAUCACCUGGCUGCCCUACUGGCUCUAUGUCGCCGUCGCACUUCACAAGUACAAUGGCGCGGACAUCGAUGACAACGUCUUGGUAGUCAUGUACAACUGCACACUCUUCGUGUAUAUCAACAACGUCGUCAAUCCUCUGAUCUACGGGUUGUCCAACAGACGAUUUCGGAAAGACUGUUUUGAGGUGCUUCGAAAACUCAAGCCCUUUUGA